UGAUAACAACAACAAGAACGACGACGGCGAUAGUAUUGUAAAUGAUAACGUAUCGCACGAGUAGGCGCACUAAGGGAUUUGGGAACAUCGUGGUAUUGAUUUUACACGUUUUCACGGUUAAAGGUGGAAUGGAGUUCAAGACCAGAGUGAAAAAUGAAAGUGACAUUGAAGAGUGGGAAAAAUCUGAAGCAUACGAUGAUUACAUUGGAUUUAUAACAGCCAUGAAUAAAUCUGUGACUGCCAUACCAUUGAAUAAAACUUUAAUAUUGUCAGAUGAGAUUAAAAAGUUCUUAAGAAUUUUAAACAUGAUAGAUGAUUGGAUUACAGAAGUUGAACCAUUAAAAGAAAGCUGUAGAUUUGGAAAUAAAGCAUUUUCUACAUUUUACAAUUUAUUAAAAAUGAGAUUGUCAGAUAUACUGUCAAACGAAAUUUUAUUGGAUGAUCAACAAUAUGUUACAGAACUAACAGCAUAUAUUGUUGAUAGUUUUGGAAAUCCAACUCGUAUUGAUUAUGGCACAGGACAUGAACUAUCAUUUUGCAUGUUUUUGUGUGGCUUAUAUAAAAUUAACAUUUUAAAACAGAGUGAUAGUAAAGCUACAGUAAAUGUUUUAUUUUCAAGAUACUUGGAAAUUGUUCGAAGACUUCAACUUAGAUAUCAAAUGGAACCAGCUGGAAGUCAUGGUGCUUGGAGUUUGGAUGAUUAUCAGUUUGUACCUUUUAUUUGGGGUAGUGCACAGUUAAUUGAAAACCCUGAUCUUAAUCCCAACUUGUUUGUUGAUGAAAAAGUUGUACAAUUGUUUAAAUCAAAAUAUAUGUUCUUGGGGUGUAUUGAUUUUAUAAUGCAAGUAAAAAAAGGAGUAUUUCAUGAACAUUCCAACCAACUCUGGAAUAUUAGUGGUGUACAAAGUUGGAAUAAAAUUAAUGAAGGUCUUAUUAAGAUGUAUAAAAAAGAAGUUCUUGGAAAAUUUCCAAUCAUACAACAUGUACCAUUUGGAAAAAUUUUUCAAUUCAAACAGUGUGAUAAAAAGAAAACUUUUGCUACAUCUUCAACAAUCAAAGUUUCCUCCCAAUCAUUAUUGGAGAAAUUGAAGAAACCUGACACAUUAGAGCCAAAUAUUAUUAAUAAGUAAAUUAUUGUCCCACCUUUUGUAACAAUUUUCAUGUAUAUUCUAUGUUUAUAAUUUAUUUAUUUUUUUAAUUAAAAUAUAAGUUAUAAUAUAAUUUA